AUGGACGACCGCUUCGAUGGCACUGCGGCGCUUCCGCUCAGCGACACAAACGCACUGCUGCGCUCCGCCGCCCAGGCCGACAAGCAGCAGGCCCUCAUCGCACACAUCUACCCGCUCGAGCCGUCGCCGUCCUCUUCUUCCCAUGUCGAUGUAGUGGCCCAACUCUCAACACUGCGGGCAAAGCUCGACGCCUACCUCCACAGACACGCCUGCGCCAACCCAAAGAUCGGUGGCCCCUACAUCUGGCAUCGCGACCCGCCCACUUUGUCGAUCUCGCUGCCUCCACCGACGUCGCUGGCCGCCAACUCAGCCUCAGCCUCCUCACCGAACGAUCCGACGACACCCUCGGUGCGCCUUCAUCUUCGCACGGGCGGCGACUGCGUCGAAGACGAGUGGUUCAUCACCUACAUCCUCUGCAUGGCCACCCGGGACGCUGCCUACUUUGGUACCAGCUUGGCCGUCUCGAUCCAGGACGAGGAUGGCCAGUUCAUCUUGAUCGAGGCGGCAGAGGCGCUGCCGAAAUGGGUCAGCCCAGACAAUGUCGAUAACCGCGUCUGGAUUCACCAAGGUCGCCUCCAUCUCGUCCCGCUCGAGAUCCGAUCAGCCACCAUGCCAGCACCGCGGAUCGACAGCCAGGACGAGGACCCGGAUCAUCCCGCCACCAUCACCGUCUCGGAUGCGAUCCGCGCAGUCUCAGACCCGUCCAUCUUUACCGGCGUCUCGGAUGCGGUCCAAGAGGCCGCCUUUGCGAGGAUCCAGGACUAUCCCCUGGCUGCUGCGGACCACCACCAUACCACGCUCGCCUAUCUCUCUCGACGGCUGGCCUGUGUACUGCAGGCGGACCCCCAGCUGGUCUCUCGCGCCACCGAGGCGCUCACGACCAGGGACGUCAUCAGCUCUCGAGCGGCGAUGCGGAUGAAGCGCUUCCCUUGCCGAAUCGCCUCUGAGGCUGAGCCGUCUCCCAUGGACCAGGAUGGACAGGGUGACCCGAACAGCUCGUCCAUGUCGGCCGGCGGCAAGGGCAUCGACCAGGACGAAGUGGUGCUCACGCCUGUCCGCAUGACACGGCAUCUCUACGCGCAGCUCUGCUACGACCGCUUCUUCCCGCCCCGAGCAUUCGGCAAGCCGUGGCAGAUGGCCGUCGAAAAGUACCGCCUGCGGAUGCAGCAGGGAGCUCAAGGCGGCUCUCGAGGUGCAGCAGCACCCGCAGUCGAGGAUGAAGACGACGUGCAGCGCGAGCUGCGCGAGGGGCGGUGGCGAGACAUUGGGGCCAAGGUGUGGUGCGGCCUCGAGAUGGCCUACGAAGAGUCGGCCAGUCGCCGAGGCAAGUCGAAGCGCAACGCAAGCGCCUCGAGCUUCGAUGCGGCCGAUGCUGCGUCCGAGACAGCCGCGGGAGACGACCAUGCGAAGUUUGUCGCCUCGCUCAGGAAGCUGGGCUACUUUGGCGACGAAAUCGAGGGGUCCGCCAAGUGGAAGCAGCUCGAGGCCGAUGCAGUCUCACAGCUACGCAAGCUCAAGGUGACGCCUGCAAACAGCGGUGCGGACGCGCAGGACGAGGAGGCACAUCAGCGCGGUUCUGUCUCCGACAAGGUCGAUGCGCUGCUCUCUGAUCCGCACACGGCGGCUGCCACCGGGGACAUCAAGGUCGUCUCGCCUACGUCGUCGCCUGCGGUGCUGGCCUCGCUCGAGGACUCCGAAGACUGGAUGGUAGUGACGACCGAAGACCUCGAUACGAUGCUCGAGAGCCGCUUCGUGCCGCGUCAGUCAUCGCAGCAGCAGAUGCCUUCUGCCGCGCAGGCAUCCGAGGAGGACAAGGCUCUCGACAAGCUCAAGCGCUUCGCCUCCAAAAUGGACCAGUUCAUGAAGACGCAGUCCGACGAGCGCGGCGCCGCCUUUCUCGACGAGCUCGACGACGACGAAAAGGAAGACUGGGACGGCGACGACGACGAUCUCAUGCUCGAUGAUGAUCUCGAUGACGGUGAUGACGACGACGACGACGAUGACGACAAAGUUGGAGAAGAGGGCGACGAUGAACAAGUGGAUAGGGAGGUACAGAAGCGUCUCAGGGAGAUGGACGAGGGCGAACGUUCGCAGAGGCUGGAAAAGAUCCUGCCAGGCCUGGCGGGCAUCUGGGCCACAGGAUCGAGUACCAAAGAGGGGGCAGCGCCUGCACCGGCAGCACCCUCGGCACCGACGUCGACACCGGCGGCGUCGGCGGUGGCGGCAGGCGGUACGGCCAUGGCGGAAGACGCGCAACGGGACGACCGCCCGCCUUCUUCGCCCACAUCUACCACGCAGAAGCCGGAAGGGCUGGCAGACGUGCUCGACCGCCUCUCGUCGACCCACUCGCUCCACAUCGCGACGGCGGCAAAGGAUGCGUCCAACGCCUUGGUCCAGCCUCCGCCCGGCAGCGCGGCCACGAAGAAGCUUCACUCGCAACUCGCCUCGCAGGAGAUGCGCGCGACGUCGACGCUGCUGUCGCGCCAGCAGAACCACUACGACGGCGCCUCGGAUUCCGACUCUGAGCUCGAGCAGGAGACUUCGGCCCAGGUCCGAAAGGAGCUGGCGAGAGAGUACGAUGUGCGGGACGACGAUGACGAAGAAGGCGCCGCAGGGGACUGGUUGCGGGGCCCGGGCGACGAGGAGGGCGGCGACGUCGUCGAGGACGAGGGCGAGGAGGAGUUCCUCGAGUUUGUCCGCACGUCGUUGGGUUUGACGCGGGAGCAGUACGCGGCGGUCAUGGAGAGGCGGAGGAAGGAGGGCCGGUACGUCCCGGAGGUCGCCGCGGCUCCUGCGGCGGGCAGCGGCGCUGCAAGAGGGGACAAGGCGGCCGCGGCAGAUGCAGGGACAAAGCCCGCCUCGUCUGCUGCACGGUCGCCGGCGGCGCUUCGGCCCCGACCGGACAUCACAUCGUUUGACGAGGCGAUGGACGAGAUCGACAGCCAUAUCGCAUCGCUCCCUCGGCAGCAACAGCAGCCGGCGGCGAGCGGUGCCGACACCGGGAAGGACAAGACCGCCACGCCCCCCUCUGCCGAGUCGAGCAAGCCGAGCGCCGAGGAGGAGCAAGAUCUGUCUCUGCUGUCGAGCCUGCUGGCGUCGUCGGGCAACGAUGCGGCGGAUCUGCCGCGGACGCUGCUGCAGCACCUGCCGCCGGACCUGCUCAAGCAGCUCGACGAGGAGGCAGGCGAGGAGGGCGACAAGGUGCACAUGCUCCGGCAGUUUUUGAAGAGCCAGGGCGCGGGUGCGGUUGGCGUGCUGGCGGGACGGCUGGGCGUUGGCGCGAUGCCGAGGGGCGACGAGCAGGACAUGGACAUGUGA